UAUUGCGUACGCAAGUACUCUUUUAGAUUACAAAAUAUUAUAGUACAAUUUUUUUUAGAUAAUUUAAAAUCUGAUUUAAAUGAUUGAAAUUGUUCUUUUCACGUUUUUCUCACGUUUGACGUAAAAUUUAAUAUUGGAGCUACUCUCCGUUAGCUCCACUUCUGGUACAAAGUGUAUUUUCUUCUGGCACGUCUCGAGUAUCUUCCUCGCCGCUUUUAUCACGCGCGUAUGCCGUAAUGCAGUGUCUCUAGUAGUACGAGACAAGGGUAGUCUUCGUCUGACACGCUGCAACAUUCAUUCACUACGUAGCGGCAUUCUUGUCGUUCGUUUAGUUCGUGAACCUUCACGAAGACUGGUUGGUCACAUGUUUACGCAACAGGUUUACGGGCGUCCAUAUUGUCCAAAGCGAGGUUGAAGUAUAUCCCAUAAGAGUACGUGAAAAAAAUCGAUAUGGACUCGCAGGAAACCACGAACAGAGUGGCUGAACCUGCUUCGGGCCAUGGAGAAACUAUGGUGAAACCAAACGUUCCUUUGCCACCGCAAGGAUUUCAAGCCCGACCGCAAGGUCCUCCUCCGACUCCCAGAAAUUCGAUAAAUAAUGGUCCCGUAGGCGCACCUCGACCGGGACCACCAUUACGACGAUUGGAUAGCCGUUCUUCUCUAGGUCCGCCGCCAGCCUCGGGUCAGUUCGUGCAGCUUAGGCCUUACAGUCCGCCGAGACCACCAGGAGGCUCUUUCCCACCAAGGGCACCGCAGCCCGGUCAGCUACCUCCGCAAAAUCCGCUAUUACCUCCGCAUCAACGUUUCGUAUACUCUCCGGGGAUUCGAGGUCCUCCGCCGCAGGGUGCAGGAGGUCAACGGCCACCCUUUGUUGUUAAUCAACAGGCGUAUCAGGCGCAACAGCAACAGCAACAGCAGCAGCAGCAACAGCAGCAACAGCAACAGCGAAGCGGCAACGAUCCGCGAUUUCAGCGACCAGACGUCGCGCCUCCCCAGAACGAACCGCGGCGACCCAGUCAAGAAUCCGUCUUUCCGCGACAGUUACUGAGGAAUGACUCGUCGUUGAGCCUGCAACGACAACAGCUUUUGUCAAACGAGGAGAUCAAGCAACCGAUACGACCACGCAUUGUCAUCGAGAAGAUGGCGGAUAUUAAUGAGACCGGUGUUGAUAAACCGGAGGGUUAUCUGCAGAGAAAGAAGUCUGACGUUCGCGAGAACGGCGAGGAUGACGACGACGACGUCGUGAUGGAUAACAAGAAGUCGCCGCGACACAUUGACGAUGGUACUCCCGAGGGACUGGUGAACGGCUCGAAAUCGCCUUCAACCCCGAGGAAACUCGAUGAUACUAGUAGACCCGAGAGUCGACCGGGUACGGCUACUAUCGAGGAUAAAAUGGAAAAAAUGGACGACAAGCAGGACGUACCCUCAAGACCAAUUUCUGCUAACAUCGAUGACACGGCGACGCUCAUUUCUCAAAGCAGACCAUCCUCCGCAAUAAAUAAUGAUAGAGAGGAGCAACUGGCUGAUAGACCGCCAUCGAGCAAAGAAAUCAAUGCUGCAUCGACUCCUCCAAAAUCUUCAGACAAUUCGCGAUCUGCCACUCCGUCUCAUUUGAAUGCGCCUCAGAACGCGGAACAGGACAGAAAUUCAGAUAAAUCACGUUCCAGUACUCCAGCCCGACUGGAGUCGCCUGGAAACACGGAACGAGAAUCGACUCCAGUCAAGACUCCGGAUAAGUCGCGUUCGAGUACUCCAGCCGGUUUGGAAUUGCCCGAAAAUGCGGAACAGGAAUCGAGAACACCUGAGUCGAAGACGCCAGAUAAGUCACGCGCGAGCACCCCGGCUUCGCAGUUGGCGCCGUCUCCGAAUGCGGAGAGAGAGUCGGAAUCCGCGGCGAGAACGCCCAACAAGUCACGUUUGAGCACACCUCAAGCUGAAAUAGAAUCGGGCGACAACGAGGCCUCUGCCGAGCCGGACAAAUCCGCCGACAGCACUCUACAUGUGAAAGACUCCAGCAGACCAGCGUCAUCGUUGAGCUCGGCGAGCGAGAAAGGCGGUAAAUCACCGAGAUCUCCCACGACACCGAAAUCGCUCGAGAACGUAAAGGGCUUCGACAACGGACAACAGAGAACGCUGUCUUCCGGUAGUAGUCCUCGAUCACCGAAAUCACCCGUUGAUAGCGAAAAACAGACGGAGGACGGGAAGAAGAGAACGUCCUUCGUCGAGGAUUCCGCCGAAAAAGCGGACAAGACAUCGCCAGUGAAGCCCACCACUCUAACAGUUAAAACUCCACGCGAGCAAACACCGGAUGACGAGAAGAAAGCUGCUGAGAAAAAAGCGAUCCAAAAUGGUAGAGCAAGAGAAUCGGCUAGUGGGGCAGCGAGUAGAGACUCCGAUAAAAGAUCGAACGCCGGAUCGCCUACAAAAUCCACUAAAUCAUUGCCGCGAACUCCCGACACACCUACGUCGACCUCUGAAGAUAAAAAGAAGCUACCGAUGAACAAAGUUCAAGUCGGCGCCGCGCCUUCCCCGAACCUGAAGACUGUACGAUCGAAGAUCGGUUCUCUAGACAAUGCGAGUUACAGGCCGGGCGGUGGCAAAGUGAAAAUUGAGAACAGGAAGCUCGACUUCAGCAAAGCGCAACCGAAGAUCGCCGCGAAGAACGAUAAAUACAUACCCAGCGGUGGCGACAAAAAGAUCUCCCAAGUGAAACUUCAAUGGAAUGCCAAGUCCAAAGUGGGCUCCUUGGAGAACGCAACUUACAAACCGGGCGGUGGUGACAAGAAGAUCGAAACAGUAAAGCUCGACUUCAAGGACAAGGCAAAGCCAAAAGUCGGAUCCAAAGAAAAUGCGAAGCAUGUUCCUGGUGGCGGUACUGUCAAGUCCGCAACUUCACCAAAGACACCGCAGGAAACGAAGAACGACAUCCCGACGCAAAAACUAGACAUCAAGGCCGAAAGCAAGAUCGGUUCGUUAGAUAACGUGAAGCACAAGCCGGGCGGUGGUGACAAAAAGAUUUUCAACGACAGAGAAUAUCUUCGGCAGACGAGUGACCGUUCCAAUGUCGAGAGCGUGAACGGCAGCGGGUCCCAGAGCCCCGUGCCUUCCGGCGCGAUCACCGAUUCCGGCAAGAACGGCCUGCCAGCCUCGGACGAGAACCUGAACCAGGAAUGCUAGGUCAUGAAAAAUCGGCCGAUAGAUCCGCUUUAAUUAUAUCAUUUGCAUGUGAUUAAUCACGUUUAUCCAUCUAACCCCCCUUUGGAGGACGAACGAGAGCUGUCCUCGCGCGAUCGAGAAAAUCAUCGAGGCGUACGAUGCACGGAACUCCUCGAAAAAAGAAAAGAAAGGAGCACCGCGAUCAAUAUCUCGCGUCUACGCAUGCGAAAAAAAAUUUGCGCGACCGACGAAUUAAAUGAACUAGCGAGGCAAUAUAUGUUAUCGCGUUGGUUUGUUUUAUCGAGUAUAUACAACGCGCGAGGUUCCCGCGUAUCUCGCGCGCGUGUAUUCACAGCAAUUUUAGUUAUCUUUAAGAGAUAAAAGUCAUCGACAUCAUGCGUUGCGUGAAAACUCCCUAUGUCCACAAAAAACACGUAUUUACGUAACGUAAUUAUAUAAGUACGAGUAUCAUAAGGCACAGGGAAGGAGCGAAAGAACUGAGAACAAUAUAUUUCACUUUGCUUUAGUAUACGAACGAAGAAGAAACCGAAUUUGAGAAAUAAUUUCCACGCGCAUGGAAGCUCUUUUUAAGCGAUAUCUAUUUCUAUCGGCGAUUGCAUUCUCUCCCGUCACCAUCCGUCUUUGUGACUUUUUAAAUCAUUGUGCCGACAUUUCUCAUGCGCCCUCGCUACAUGAAUGUUAAUAUUUGCGAACUAUUUCGACUUUUGAUACGCAUUUGUGCCAUAAUCGACAUUAUCGGUGUAUCGCGAAGUAUAACUUAGCUCUUUCACACACAAAUUCAACCUGUUUUAACGCAUCACAAUACGGCAUAAUCGCUUAAGAAGCUAAGGCAACGAUGCGCGUGAAGACGACAAACGUAUCGAUAGAGAAUAAUGAAGCAGAUUGUACAAAUGUCUUCAAAUAUUUUAUCGUCGAUUUUGGGGAAACACGAGUGUAACGUACUUCCUUUAUAUAAUUUUUAAUAUUGCUAACCGUAUUCUAUAAUUUCGCGAAUGUCUUUACUCGUAUUACUUAACUUAUCGCUAGUGUCUUAUUCGCUUUCGUGUAUCUGUAGAAGAUACCAAUGAAAGUACAAAGAUCACACAUCUCCGUGCGUCGUUAUAAACUUGUGCAGAAAGAAUGGUCGCGUCCUCUUAUAGGGGGAAUAGAUUAACGCGCGUACAUCAAUUUCCGCAUGGGGAAGUCUUAACAUCCGACAAUCCCCCGGGUACAUCGUACAUCGCAUUUCCGAAAUUAUGUCACCGAAGGGGAAAACGUCAUCCCGAAUCGAAUGAAUCACGAACGACUAUGCGUAGUUUACCGUUCACGCGAGCGAUCUUCGAUUUUCGAGGAAACGGAAGACUAGGCGGGCAACAAUCGACACGAACGAGUAGUUGGGGAGCCGAGCGUUGCACCGACGUCGAUUAAUCGUGGAUAGCUUAGCUUUGUGCACCAUAUCUACAUUGCAGCCGCGAAUAUAGAAGGAAUCGUUAUAUCUCAGAGCUUUACGCGCGGAUUUAACAGUUAUCCAGGAUUACGCUCGGCGUGCAGCGAGGAACGAGAAGGAAAGUGCUAGAAGGACCGUGUAACACGCAAGUGACCCGCGACGCGUUCGCGCGUGACACCGUCAGGUACAUCGGAGAUCGAUUAGACAGAGAUUGCGGUCAGACGACAGGACAUACGAGAUAUUCGUGUAAACCUUAUUGUAGAUACGUAAUCGACACACAUACACACAUUGCAUCCCACGAGCAUAUAUAAAAUUUCGCUGGUGCGAAAAAGAGGUGCAGAGGUGAAGAUGAUCGAUGAUGGUGAGGGUUCGUCAACGGAAAAGAGAGAUCGAUGUGAUAGAGAUUGCGUGCGGCCACGCCAAAAAUAAAAAUCUCUCACUUACGUCACUACACUACCUUAGGUACCUCGUGCAAUUUACACAUCGCUAAAAAGAGAAAGAAAAGGAAAGAGAAAGAGAGAAAGAGGUGAAGGAGAUAUGUAACACAUUAUUUACACUGUAUUGCUUCCACAUGGAUUAUUAAGAGAUAAUUUGAUUCAAUUAACGUACUGCGAUAUUUCACGGAGACAAAGAAUGAUAAUUAAUGUUUAGAUCCUCGUAAUUGUCACAAGUUACCACUUCGUACGAACGCAAUAGUGUAACGACGCGCCCGCAGCGCGUCCUGGAUUAGGAUCGCUCUGGAGAGGCAUUAUAAUAAUAUUUUUGUUUUUAAAUUUAUAUCGGUUCUUUUCUGUCUCUCAACACCCGAACAGCAUCCUUCUCCGAUUUUCUUGCAGAGGAAGAAGCGGCUGCAUCCCCUUUUAUCUUUAUAAGAAUUUAUCUUUAUAAAAAUAUAUGUAGAACAUAA